AUGGGUGAUGCCAAUGAAUCAUGUGUUGGUGAUUUUUUAGUGUUUUUGCAAGUUGGAGAUGCAAUGAUAUGGAACUUUACAAUGAGGAGCAUUGGUAUUGGAUCGAGAAAAGCACAUUCUGUAACUUUCAAGGCAGAAUUUAACAACACUGAAUCGGUUCUAAUAAGUUUUACAAGCUUUAACGAGACUCGAAACAGUAACAAUGUGUUAUGUGGGCCCGUGAUUGAUAGCACAAUGAUUCGGUUUUCUGAUGUAUUAGAUUCAAAAGCACAUAAGCAAAUCGGAUGCGUGACUUUUAGCUUUGUUUUGGCAAUUACAUUUCUUAUUUUCGUGUGA